AUGGAGGCCGCGGUCGCCCACGCUCCACCUGCUCCGGCCCUGCGCCGCUCGCUCACCCUCAGCCCCACGCCCGCCGUCCGGCCGGACCCAAAACCCUGGCAGGGGGUAGUGCUCUCGGCGAGGCGCCAGUCGAACGCCGUCAGGUGCGAGCGGUUCCGGCGCCCGGAGGCGCGCCUGCGCGCGGCCGCCGCGGCGCAGCCGGGUGGUGCUGACGCGGCAGCGGCCGGGAGGAGGAAGCGGCUGGCGGUGUUCGUGUCCGGAGGGGGAUCCAACUUCCGGGCGAUCCACGAGGCCGCGCUGGGCGGGGCCGUGCACGGGGAUGUCGUCGCGCUUGUCACCGACAAGCCAGGUGAGGGAAACUGCACCCCCGCGAAGCUGCCCACGCUGGGAUACAGUGUAGACUUUGUUCUUCUUGCUGGUUACUUGAAGCUUAUACCCGCUGAAUUGAUCCAGGAAUACCUGAAGUCCAUAUUAAAUAUUCAUCCUUCUCUCCUUCCGGCAUUCGGAGGCAAAGGUUUUUAUGGUUCAAAGGUGCAUACAGCCGUUAUUGCCUCUGGAGCAAGAUACUCAGGUCCAACCGUACAUUUUGUGGAUGAGCACUAUGAUACUGGGAAAACGUUUGCCCAGAGGGUUGUGCCUGUGUUUGCGGAUGACACUCCUGAGUCAUUGGCUGCAAGAGUCCUUCAUGAGGAGCAUCAAGUUUAUGUUGAAGCAGUUGCUGCUUUGUGCGAGGACCGCAUUGUAUGGAGGGAAGAUGGUGUCCCACUUAUCAAAAGUCGGAUAAAUCCUGAUGUGUACCUCUAA